AUGGACUGCUUCCUGCAAAUAUACCGUCUGGUAAAGAGCCCGUUUACACGCAACAAGCAUCGGGUUUUGGAGAUUGGCCCUCCAACAAAUUUCCGAAAGGAAGAGUUACCGAAUUUCUUCGCCGAUGAUGACGCAAUUACCCUGCACAGCCGCACGGCACACGAGAAGGAUGCGGUAGUGAACACGGUCGAGGCGGAGCCCUCGAAACGGGAUAAAAUCAGGAGUCAUGUUCGCAAGAUGAGUGUCAAGAUGUCUCGGCCGCUCAUUGACGCGCAGUGA